AUGCGUAUAGCCGUCGAGGGGUGCUCGCAUGGCGAGCUUGAUGUCAUUUACGAUGCAAUAUUGGCAGAGGAGCAAAGUUCGGGAGAGCGAGUAGACGUAGUGCUCUUGUGUGGAGAUUUUCAGGCAAUACGAAACGCAACCGACCUCGAGAGCCUUGCUGUGCCGCUGAAAUACCGGCGCAUGGGUGACUUUCAUCGGUACUACGCAGGAGAGAAGACAGCGCCGAUCUUAACGCUGGUUAUUGGUGGAAACCACGAGGCGAGUAAUUAUAUGUGGGAACUGUACUACGGCGGGUGGCUCGCGCCCAAUAUCUAUUACCUAGGCGCUGCAGGCAGCGUUGAUCUGGGCGGCAUUGUCGUCGCAGGAGCAUCGGGUAUAUUUAAAAGACACGAUUAUACGGCCGGCCGUUUCGAGCACCAGCCGUACUCACCGAGCGGUAUACGGAGUGUGUACCACACAAGGCAGUUUGAUAUUAUCAAACUUGGCCUGCUGCAGCGCCCACAAAUCUUUCUCUCACACGACUGGCCAAACGGGAUUGAGCACUGUGGCGAUGUUACUGCGCUGCUGCGAAAAAAACCAUUUUUCAGAGAGGAAGUCGCAACGUCGACACUCGGAUCUCCGCCGCUGCAAAUGCUGCUCGACGCAUUGCACCCCGCAUACUGGUUUUCUGCACAUUUGCAUGUACGCUUCGCAGCGACGGUCUAUUUCGGCGAUGCGGGUCAGAGCGACACGCUUGCCGUGCGUUCAAAUACUAUUCUGAACCCAGAAGUCCUGGAAAUUAGCGACGAGGAGAACGCGACGGCAGUGUCUGCAGUAGCAAUGCCUGCAGCAGUACCGCACCGCCCAGAAACGACCCAGUUUUUAGCGCUGAACAAGUGCUCACCAAGGGGCGAUUUCUUGCACUUUUUCACGCUUCCGACUCCUGCAGAUCCAUUUUUGCACGCCAGCACCGAAGCGCGGCCCCAGGUGCCGUUGUUGUAUAAUAAACGAUGGCUCGCCAUCACACGUGUCAUGGACCCGUACUUUUCCCUACAGCGGCGGCAAAUGCCAUUGCCGUCCAUACAGGAUCCAUCCCUGCGUGAACGUAUAUGCGAAGAAGAGGCGCGUCUAGAUACACUAUUUGCCGACAAGGUUAAUCCGCUGGAUGUACGUGCUGUCCAACACUUCCAACACACCGCGCCCGCAAGCGCAACAGCCUAUACUUCUCAACACCGCCGCUUUCUCUCUGUUGAGGAAAUCGCAAAAAUUCGCGCCAGCGCGCUGGAACGUAGGCGUAAACGUGGCGCUGCACAGCGCAGCGUACGAGCCUACCAGAACUUGGACACGUAG